AAUUAUAUCUCUGAGCAGUGGAAGCGUAUAGUCAUCGUAGCGUAGCACGCAGAUGGAAGAAAGGCUGUCUGCUGUUCUGUGAUCGCUGAAGGCCCCUGUUGAUUGCUCUCUGCGCACAUUCUUCUUCAUCGUCGUCCACAGCCUUGUUCAUACAAAACCCUUCUGUGGAUACAUCAAGCGGAGAGCGAGGAUGCAUAACAAAGUGUUCCCGGAUAUCGAUUAUCGGAAAGCAGCUGCCCCCAUAAAGUCUGCUGUUGAUAAGUUCCAGCUUGUUCCUGAGUUCUUGAAGGUGAGGGGGCUAGUGAAGCAACAUUUGGAUUCAUUCAAUUAUUUCGUGAAUACCGACAUACAGAAGAUUGUCCGCGCUAAUGAUCGUAUUGUAUCCAACGUCGAUCCGAAUCUUUAUCUCAGGUUCAAAGAUGUCAGGAUUGGGAACCCAACCAUUGCAAUGGGGGAUGGCGUUGUUGAUGAUCUCUCUCCUCAGAAAUGUCGUUUAACUGACAUGACGUAUGCUGCUCCAAUAUUGGUAGACAUAGAGUAUACAAAAGGAAGUCGUGGAGAAUAUAACACAAUAUCAAGGAAUAAUGUUACCAUUGGGAGAAUGCCCAUCAUGCUUCGAAGUUGUUGCUGUGUCUUAUAUGGGAAAGAUGAAGCGGAACUUGCCAGGCUUGGUGAGUGCCCCUUGGACCCUGGAGGAUAUUUCGUAGUUAAAGGAACUGAAAAGGUGAUUCUUAUACAAGAACAAUUAUCAAAGAACAGAAUAAUUAUUGACACUGACAGGAAGGGAAAUAUAAUUGCAUCAGUUACGAGUAGCACUGAGUCAACAAAAAGCAAAACAAUCAUUGUUAUGGAAAAGGAGAAGAUGUAUCUGCAGCUCAAUCAAUUCACAAAGAAUAUUCCCAUCAUGAUAGUGAUGAAGGCAAUGGGAAUGGAAAGCGACCAAGAGGUUGUUCAAAUGAUAGGAAGGGAUCCCAGAUAUGGUGCUCUCCUUCUUUCUUCAAUUGAGGAAUGUGCCAGCCUUGGCAUAUAUACACAACCACAAGCGCUUGAGCACCUUGGGGAGAAGGUUAAGAAGCAGCAGCCAUAUGAAACUUUUCCAUCUUCGAAGGAAGGCAGAGCUUUGUCCCUACUUCGUGAUGUAUUCCUUGCAAAUGUUCGGGUAAAUAAGAAUAAUUAUCGUCCCAAGUGCAUAUAUGUUGCUGUUAUGCUAAGGCGUAUGAUGGAGGCAAUUUUGAAUAAAGAUGCAAUGGAUGACAAGGAUUACGUGGGAAACAAGCGGUUGGAGUUAUCUGGCCAGUUGAUCUCUCUGCUUUUUGAGGAUUUGUUCAAGAGUAUGAUUAGUGAUGCCCAGAAGAAUGCAGAUGCUACUCUAUCGAGGAGUAGCAGGUCUAGCAAAUUCGACUUUUCCAUGUUGAUAAUUAGAGAUAAUAUAACUCAUGGUUUAGAAAGGGCACUCUCAACUGGAAAUUGGGAUGUCAAACGGUUUAAGAUGCACAGAAAAGGAAUGUCACAGGUACUGGCAAGGCUAUCCUUUAUAGGAUCAUUAGGCCAUGUGACGAGAGUGUCACCACAAUUUGAGAAAUCAAGAAAAGUCAGUGGGCCGAGGGCUUUGCAGCCUAGUCAGUGGGGAAUGCUAUGUCCAUGUGACACUCCAGAAGGUGAGGCUUGUGGAUUGGUGAAGAACUUGGCUUUGAUGACUCAUGUCACAACUGAUCAAGAGGAGGGUCCCUUGAUCUCUCUGUGCUACGCCAUGGGCGUUGAAGACUUGGAAUUACUAUCUGGUGAAGAGCUCCACAGCCCAAAUUCUUUUUUGAUUAUAUUUAAUGGGCUCAUUUUGGGCAAGCAUAGAAGGCCUCAGAGAUUUGCUAGUGCCCUCAGGAAAUUACGAAGAGCUGGCAAAGUUGGCGAGUUUGUUAGUGUUUUUGUUAAUGAGAAGCAGCGUUGUGUCUACAUUGCUUCUGAUGGAGGUCGGGUUUGUCGUCCACUUGUUAUUGCGGACAAGGGUAUCUCAAGGAUUAAAGCACAUCAUAUGAAGGAGCUGGCAGACGGGGUCCGCACAUUCAAUGAUUUUCUGCGAGAUGGUUUAGUCGAAUAUCUUGAUGUUAAUGAGGAGAACAAUGCUCUGAUUGCAUUGUACGAAGGGGAGGCUACACCAGAGACAACUCAUAUUGAGAUAGAGCCGUUCACUAUCUUAGGCGUCUGUGCUGGACUGAUCCCCUUCCCUCAUCAUAAUCAGUCCCCCAGAAACACUUACCAGUGUGCCAUGGGGAAGCAAGCUAUGGGAAAUAUUGCAUAUAAUCAGUUGCUUCGGAUGGAUUCAUUAUUGUAUCUGCUGGUUUAUCCUCAACGACCCCUACUGACAACACGGACAAUCGAGCUGAUUGGAUAUGAUAAGCUCGGGGCAGGGCAGAAUGCAACUGUUGCUGUGAUGAGUUACAGUGGCUACGACAUAGAAGAUGCAAUUGUCAUGAACAAGUCAUCCUUGGACCGUGGUUUUGGUCGCUGUAUUGUAAUGAAAAAGUAUACCGCUGUUAGUCAGAAGUAUGACACCAUGACAGCAGACAGAAUACUUCGGCCCAGAAGAAAACCUGAUCCUAAUAAUAGAGGAGACAUUGAAUGGGAAAAGAUGAAGAUUUUAGAUGAUGAUGGAAUCGCUGCACCAGGAGAAAUUAUUAAAGCAGGCGAUAUCUAUGUUAACAAGGAAACUCCCUUGAUAACAAAGGGCAAUGCAACAAUGACUGGUCUUCAAGACAUAGACUAUCGGCCUAAUCGAGAAAUUUACAAGGGCGCUGGUGGGGGGGAACCUUGUGUAGUGGAUCGGGUGACUCUUUGUUCUGAUAAAAAUAACAAUCUGUCCAUCAAAUUCAUAAUCCGACAAACCCGUCGACCGGAGGUUGGAGACAAAUUUAGCAGCAGACAUGGGCAAAAGGGUGUUUGUGGAACCAUUGUUCAACAGGAAGACUUCCCCUUUUCUGAGCGCGGGAUUUGCCCUGAUUUGAUUAUGAAUCCUCAUGGAUUUCCAAGUCGGAUGACAGUUGGCAAGAUGAUAGAGCUUCUCGGCAGCAAAGCUGGAGUUUCGUGUGGCCGGUUUCACUAUGGGAGUGCCUUUGGUGAACCAAGCGGUCAUGCAGACACAGUUGAAUCUAUAAGUGAAACUCUUGUAAAGCAUGGAUUCAGCUAUAACGGGAAGGAUUUUCUGUAUUCAGGUAUAACUGGUUGCCCGCUCCAAGCUUAUAUCUUCAUGGGCCCAAUAUACUAUCAGAAGUUAAAACAUAUGGUCCUAGAUAAGAUGCAUGCCAGAGGAAAUGGCCCGCGUACACUGCUUACGAGACAGCCCACUGAAGGAAGAGCUCGAAAUGGAGGGUUGAGAGUCGGAGAAAUGGAACGGGACUGUUUGAUUGCUUACGGUGCAAGCAUGUUAAUCUACGAGCGACUAAUGAUCUCCAGUGAUCCAUUUGAGGUUCAGGUAUGCCGGGCCUGUGGGCUGUUAGGUUAUUACAGCCAGAAGCUGAAAACAGGAAUAUGUUCAAAAUGCAAGAACGGGGACAAUAUCUCUACGAUGAAACUACCGUAUGCUUGCAAGCUUCUAAUUCAGGAACUGCAAUCGAUGAACAUCAUUCCACGACUGAAGCUGGCCGACUCUUGAGCGUGGGAAUGUGUUCAAAAGAUCCACUCAAUGCACCGAGUUUGCAGGACAGACUCUGAAAAUGAUCGCGAGAAGUCAUUUGCUGGCCGUUCUUCAAAUGCAAGCACAAGUCUAAAGAUCGAGGUUCAGAAAAUUGAAUUCCAUAAUGCUAAUCACGAAAAGCUCCAGCAAAUGGUAAUUAUUGGUGGAUGCGGUGUCGGUAUAGGUAUAGGCUUAGGCUCAGGUUUAUUACAAUUACAUGCCAGAAACAUUCCGGUUAUAAGUGUUCUUGACGAAGGACGGUGAGAUUGUAUCUAUGAAAGCAGAAGCAUUGGGCUAGGCCUCGCAGCCUCAGAAUGACGGGAUUGCUGGUUGGAAUUUUUUCGAAUUUUCAAAAUUUUGAGUUUUUUAUUUUUAUUGUUUAAUGGAUUACAAAUUGUGGACGGAUCAUUUAUUUUUUUAAUUAAUAUAAAUCAUAUUGUGUUGUGUAAA